CUACUAUUCAUUCUCCUGUCUGCUGUCCUUUAUCAGAAUCAUCAUGUCUCAGGAUCAGAAGAUUAAGCUCCACACUUGUGAAAAGGUGGGUUUGUUGGAGGAGUUCCUGCUCUACAAGUUCAAAAUGAAACAGCCUAUUUUGAGGGAAGAUAUGCUGAAGAUUGUCAGCCCAAAAUACCAAAACCAGUUUGCUAAGAUUCUCAGAAAAGUUUCUGAGCACAUUGAGGUUAUCUUCGCAGUUGAUUUGAAGAAGGUCAACCUAACUCGUCACUUAUAUGACCUUGUCAGCAAGCUGAAACUCCCCAACAAUGGGAGGAUUCAUGCUGGCAAAGGGUUACCCAAGACUGGUCUCCUGAUGACUCUCCUGAGUGUGAUCUUCCUGAAAGGCAACAGUGCCAAUGAGGAAGAUAUCUGGCAAUUUCUGAACAUGAUGCAGAUAUGUGUUGGGAAGAAGUGCUACCUCUAUGGAGAGCCCAGGAAGUUCAUCACUCAGGAUUUUGUGAAGCUAAAGUACCUGGAGUACUACCAGGUGCCCAGCAGUUAUCCUGCACACUAUAAAUUCCAGUGGGUUACAAGAGCCUGCAGUGAAACCAGCAAGAUGAAAGUCUUGGAAUAUUUGGCCAAGGUCAGUAAUAUUGCUCCAGGUACCUUCUGUUCACGAUAUGAAGAGGCUUUGAUGGAUGAGGAAGAAAGAGCCCAAGCCAGAAUUGCAGCCAAGACUGGCACUACUGCAGUGGCCAAGACUGUUUUGAGGCCAAGUUCAACAGCUUCUCCCAACCCUACUGAAGUCUGAAGUUUUCUCAUCCAGUCAAGCAAA